AGUAUGCAUAGUGCUGUGUUUUACUUCUUUAUCUCUUUUUUUCAACCAAGAAUGAUUUCCUCUGAUUAGGGGGUACUUGAAUUAAAAAAAAUGUUGACAGGGGGUACAUCACGGAAAAAGGUUGAGAAAGAUGUCUAUGGUUGAGAGCAACAGGCUGGCCGGGCGGAAGUGUUUUAGUGUGCGGAAAGAAGGCGGAGCCCCGGCCUCACUCACAUACAUCGAAGUAUAAGUUAGCACGGUGACGUGCUCGGCCCUUUUUCUGACGUCCGCUUAGGACUUACUGGCCACUAUCGUGGCUUGUUUAAGGGUGUUUGGGGGCCGUUUGAACUUCUCUGACGUCUGCCCUCGACGUGUUUUGACAAAAAAGGGAGGCGGCGGAGCGAGCCCUCGGCAGCCAUCUUUGAAACCGCCUGCCGCUGCCAGGGGUGAUUCGAGCAUUCUGGCAACCCAGUCACUUCUGUGCACAGCCAUCUUUUGGAGCCGCUGGGGGUGAUUCCGGCAUUCUGGCAACCCAGUCACUUCUUUAGGGUGGGGAUUUUUUUUUCUUUUUUAAAUGAACUGCGUUGUCUUCACGUUGCCGUCGUUUGACAGUUUCAAGAAGUGCAAGAACCCGACGCGCUAAUCCGCCACCGUGGAGAUGACGAGAAAGAGAAAAGCUGAGGUUGCCGUCGACUCCCAUGAGACACUGCACGUCAAGACACCCAUGGACGUACACCUCCGACUAUCAGUUGUGACCACGUAUGAGACCGCUGUCCUGCAGAUGAGCCGUCGGUGGGGGAUACCUAGUCGCUGUCGCAGACCCAGAUAGUUUGGCGGCAGCGGCAUUUCCCCCCACCCCCCACCCAUCUCUCCAUUAUGCCCAACAGCAGUCGGGCGGGGAGCCUGAAGGACCCCGAAAUUGCUGAGCUUUUCUUCAAGGAAGAUCCGGAGAAGUUCUUCACCGAUCUGCGUGAGAUAGGACAUGGCAGCUUUGGAGCUGUGUAUUUCGCACAGGAUGUGCGAACUAGCGAAGUGGUGGCCAUCAAGAAAAUGUCUUACAGUGGAAAGCAGUCCAGUGAGAAAUGGCAAGACAUUAUCAAGGAAGUAAAAUUCUUGCAAAGAGUACAACAUCCAAACAGCAUCGAGUACAAAGGCUGUUACCUGCGAGAGAACACAGCAUGGCUGGUGAUGGAGUAUUGUCUCGGAUCUGCUUCCGAUCUACUAGAGGUUCACAAGAAACCCCUUCAAGAAGUGGAAAUAGCUGCAAUAACCCAUGGUGCUCUUCAAGGUUUGGCUUAUCUUCACUCCCACAACAUGAUUCACCGAGAUAUCAAGGCAGGAAACAUCUUACUGACAGAGCCGGGCCAGGUAAAACUUGCAGAUUUUGGCUCUGCCUCCAUCGCCUGCCCAGCCAACUCUUUUGUUGGGACACCAUAUUGGAUGGCCCCUGAGGUGAUCUUGGCUAUGGAUGAGGGCCAGUAUGAUGGGAAGAUAGACAUCUGGUCUUUAGGAAUAACUUGCAUUGAAUUAGCUGAGAGGAAGCCUCCACUUUUCAAUAUGAAUGCAAUGAGUGCCUUAUACCAUAUAGCACAAAAUGAAAGCCCCAUGCUGCAGUCCAGUGAAUGGACUGAGUAUUUCAGAAACUUUGUAGAUUCUUGCCUACAGAAAAGUCCACAAGAUAGGCCAAACUCUGAGGAGCUCUUGAAGCAUGCCUUUGUCCAACGUGAGCGUCCUGAAUCCGUUUUAAUAGACCUUAUAAAUCGGACGAAAGAUGCGGUGCGAGAGCUGGACAAUUUGCAGUAUCGCAAAAUGAAAAAGAUUUUGUUUCACGAAGCCCACAACGGCCCCACCAUUGAAGCUCCAGAUGAAGAGGAGGAGCCAGAUCACAGGUUGGGUAGAACGGGUACUGUGAACAGUGUGGGGAGCAACCAGUCCAUUCCGAGUAUGUCGAUUAGUGCCAGUUCCCAGAGCAGCUCUGUCAACAGUCUGACAGACGCCGGCGAUGACAAAAGCGAAGUGGACAUGGAGGGGGACCACACAGUCUUGCCUAACAGCUCUGUCAAACAUCUCAGACGGGAGAAUGAAGCAAGUAACAAAGAUCCAGAACCCCACGUUCGGUCAAAUGAGCCCCAGUCCCAACCCGCAAACCCUCCUCGGCCAAAACGGAACCGAGAACACUUUGCAACAAUUCGCACAGCCUCAGUGCUCACUCGCCAGAUUAAGGAACACGAGCAGGACUCUGAAUUGAGGGAGCAAAUUUUAGGCUACAAGCGCAUGCGACGGCAGCACCAGAAACAGUUGAUGGCCCUGGAGAACAAGCUUAAAACCGAGAUGGAGGAGCACAGACUCCGUCUGGACAAGGAACUGGAGAACCAGAGGAACGGCUUUUUUCAGGAGAUGGAUAAACUGAUCAAGAAGCACCAAGGGUCCAUAGAGAAAGACACAAAAACAUUUAGCAACGAUGAGAAGAAAUUCCAACAACACAUUCAGAGCCAGCAGAAGAAGGAACUUAAUCAUUUCCUCGAAUCACAGAAACGGGAGUACAAACUUCGCAAGGAACAACUCAAAGAGGAGUUGAAUGAAAACCAAUCAACGCCUAAGAAGGAGAAGCAAGAGUGGUUGUCCAAGCAAAAGGAAAAUUUCCAAAACUUCCAAGCAGAAGAGGAGGCCAACUUACAGCGCAGACAAAGGCAGUAUUUGGAACUGGAGUCUCGCAGGUUCAAACGGAGGAUCUUGAUUGCUCGCCAUAACAUUGAGCAGGACUUAGUGCGUGAGGAGCUUAACAAACGGCAGACUCAGAAGGACUUGGAACAUGCCAUGCUUCUACGACAACACGAAUCAAUGCAAGAACUGGAAUUCCGCCAGCUGAACACUAUACAGAAGACAAGGGUCGAGCUCAUCCGCCUGCAGCACCAGACAGAGCUCACUAACCAGCAGGAAUACAACAAGAGAAGGGAGCGAGAACUGAGACGGAAGCACGUCAUGGAGGUUCGUCAACAACCCAAAAGCCUGAAGUCCAAAGAGCUACAAAUCAAGAAACAGUUUCAGGACACCUGCAAAAUCCAGACGCGUCAGUACAAGGCACUGAGGAAUCAUCUGCUGGAGACCACACCAAAGUCAGAACACAAGACAGUGUUGAAGCAACUGAAACAGGAGCAGCACCGCAAACUGGCCAUCUUGGCAGAGCAGUAUGACCACUCCAUCACUGAGAUGAUGUCCACUCAGGCUCUUCGUCUUGAUGAGACUCAAGAAGUACAAGGCAAAGGCCUCCGGAUGCAGCUUCAGCAAGAGCUGGAGCUUCUUAACGCCUAUCAGAGCAAGAUCAAGAUGCAGACGGACGCACAGCACGACCGGGAAAGGAAAGAGCUGGAGCAAAGGCUGUCGAUACGCAGAGCCCUGCUGGAACAAAAGAUCGAAGAGGAGAUGGUGUCCUUGCAGAAUGAUCGUUCGGAGCGAAUCCGAAGCCUGCUGGAACGUCAAGCACGGGAGAUUGAGGCUUUCGACUCCGAGAGUAUGCGCCUGGGAUUCAGCAACAUGGUGCUAUCAAACGUCUCCCCAGAGGCUGUUGGCCAUAUCUUUCCAGGGUCCCAGGAAAAUUGGGGGCAACGUCAACAGCCAUCAGGGAGCUUUCAUGGGCCGCACAGGAGCAGUGGCAUCUUGAGCGCUGGCUCAAGCCACCAAAGUAGCAAUCGCCACCAUCACUUAAGUCCCGGGGGUGCAUCUAUGCAGCAAAGCUGGGGGCAAGGCAUGCAGGGUGGUGGGCCUCCACAACCUUGGGGCCACCCAUCAGCAGUCUCUCGCAGAAGCGCUGGUGCACAGAACAGCCCCCAAGGAAUGGGGGGGACACAGCCCGGGGGCCACAGUGUGCCGGGCAUGAGCAGGAGUACCAGCGUGACCUCUCAAAUAUCCAACGGAUCCCAUUUUUCCUACACAUAAGUUAAACAGAUGCAAGUCCAACAGUCAGCGGCAACAAAAACAGGGUGAGCUCCGCAGUGCCAUCUUUCCACUACUCCUCCCCUCCACUUCCUUCUACUGUGCACACAUGUGGAUGUGUCAUUAAACACUUGCUCAGGUCAAAGGGUUCUGCAAAAAAUUGCAGCACCUCCUCACAGCAGUUUAUCAGCAAGCAUACAGGUCAUUUAGGUUUUUGUUACAUAGGCAAUUUAAGUGUCAACAAAUGGGCAGUUUUACUGAUAAGUUAAACCGAUACAUUUACAGCGAUUGCUUCCAUUUUGCACAUGAAAACACUGUUAAAAGCCUUUGACUGGUGUCAAACACGGUAAACAAAAAUAUUUUUAAUUUCCUAUAGGGAAGUCCCCCGCAGUUUUACACUGGCCCAUAGCGAGGCUCUAGACAAUGUUGGGAGGCCAGCCUGCUGUAAUGGUCAUUGAGAUGCAUUUGAUGCAGAGUCUUUAUUUACUUCCUACUUUUUCAGUUCCUGACAACCAACUCAAACGUGAAACCAAAUAAACAAACCACUAUUUUAUGUCUGCAUGAGGCUACACAUGUGACUAGUGCCUUUUUAGUAUUUUUGUAUUAUCAAAGAUAGAUCCUCAAUAGUGUAAUAGUGUGAAUGUAUAUAAGAUUAAUUUAGCACUCAUCAUUCUGCAGUCUGAGUUCUGUAAGGCCCAAUUAUAUUCACAAUUGUAUUCACUUUGUACAGUGCUAUGUGCUAAGUAGUCUUAAAAACUAUGACAAAAUGAAACAAUGUACAUACUAGUAUAUUUUGAUUGUCCUGAUUUUUAAAAUGGUGGUGGAAGUGAAAUAUCCGUGUCCAGAGACAAUUUGCCUUAGAAAAAAAUCGAUAUCUUGAAUAUUUUAGUGCCUUUUUAAAACUGCUGCCUUCUCAAAGCACUUUAUGCCAAAUGCAAGAUAUGUUUCAAAGUUAUUAUUGGACUUGGGUGGCAAAGAACCUUGGAGUCAAGGUGUGUGCUGUGAUUUGUAUUUUUUUUAUUAUUUCAAGAGGUACACCGCAACCUCAGUGUUUGUGCGUGAAAACACACUAUGAAACUUAAGCUGAAUUUGUGGAUGCCGUGGGCUAUUUUCCUUUUUAAUUCAACUAAAAACGACAGAAUCUCUUUUAGAAGCGAGUAGCCUUCAGCUAAAAUCCAUGACCAUGACCGCAGGCUUGGCCAUACUAAAGGAAAAUGACACCACUGCUUAGUGAGGUGACAUGGAACGGUGCUAAAUUUAAGAAGAACAAAGGGUGACUGAAUAUUGAAAAUAUUGCUUCAUGCACACGGAGAGAACAUACAAGUACACAAAAAUAUAAAUGCAACAUUUAUUUUUUCCCCAUGUUUCUUAAAGAUCUAAAACGUUUAUUAUACACACUAAAUACCUAUUCCUCUCAAAUAUUGUUCACAAACCUGUGUUAGUGAGCAUUUUUUUGGGGCAAAAUAACUCAUCCCAUCUCACGGGUUUGGCAUAUGAAGAUGCUGAUUAAACGGCAUGAUUAUUGCACAGGUGUGCCGUAGGCCACUCUGAAAAUGUACUGUGAUAAAACUGCACAAUGCCACAGGUGUCCAAGGUUUUAAGGGAGUGUGCGGUUGCCAGUCUGACUGCAAGAAUGCCCACCAGAGCUGUUGCCCAUGAAUUGAAUGUUCAUUUAUCUACCAUAAGCUGUCUCCAAAGGCAAUUCAGAGAAUUUGGCAGUACAUCCAAUUGGCCUCACAACCGCUGAGAAUGUGUAACCACACCAGCAAAUGUCCAGCAGGUGCACCUCCACGAUUGUCUGCGACCAGCCACCCGGACAGCUGCUGCAACAAUUGGUUUGCAUACCCAAAUAAUUUUUGCACAAACUGUGAGAAACCGUCUGUGAAGCUGAUCUGCAUGCUUGUCGUCCUCAACGAGGUCUAGACCUGACUGCAGUUCCUCGUGGUAACCGACUUUUAGUGGGUAAAUGCUGAUAUUUCAAUGGUACGUUGGCGAGUUGUUCUCUUCACGGAUGGAUCCCGGUUUUCACUGUUCCGGACAGAUGGCAGACAGCAUGUGUAGCGUUGUGUGGGAGGGCAGUUUGCUGAUGUCAAUGGAGUGGCCCAUGGUGCGGGUGGGGUUAUGGAACGGCCAUGCAUAUGUUACGGACAACCAGCGAGUGCGUUUUAUUGAUAGCAUUUUGAAUGCACAGAGAUACCGUGACGAGAUCCCGAGGCCCGUUGUGCCAAUUACCCGAGACCAUCACCUCAUGUUUCAGCACGACCCCAUGUUUCAAGGCUCUGUACACAAGUACUGGAAGUUGAAAACAUCCCAUCACCUAUGAAGCAAAACUGCACAUUUCAGAGUGGCCUUUUAUCGUGCAGUUUAUUCAGCAUCUUGAUAUACCACACCUGUGAGGUGGGAUGGAUUAUCUUGGCAAAGAAGAAAUGCUCACUAACACAGUUUUAGAGAGAUUUGUCAAUAUUUGAGAGGAAUAGGUAUUUUUUUUUCUGUGUACAGUAACUAUUUUAGAUCAUUGAGUUCAACUCACGGAAAAAUGUGCACAUAAGUGUUAGGUUUAUAUUUUUGUUCAGUAUAGAAUAAGAACAAAUGUUGGAUCGAGCACCUGAGCACGGCAAGACCUAUGAUGAUUGUAGUAGACAUUCCACACACUUUCCUGAGGUCCAGAUAAAAUGUAUAGGAUAUGCAUUGGUGUAAAUUUUACUACAUUGUCACAUUUUUAACCCCGUCUCUUGAGUAUGCCUGCAAACGUUUGAGGUGGUGUUCCUUUUUUAGACACAAAUAAAGCCUUCCAGGCCCUGCCCUUGUUGCAGUGUCAACAAACAGAGCCCAUGUCGGUCGUGCGGGACUUAUUUGCUCCUUUCAGACGAAGACAUCCAAAUCCCCUGCUCGCUUUCUGCGAGGUAGGAAACCAAACACAGACUUCAUAUUAAGGUUUUAUGCAGCAGAUUCCCAUCCCGAUCAUCCAUGAGUGAGAUUGCCCGAUACACAUUAAAUGUGUAACUGUAGUUUUUUUUUUCUGGUGAGUGGUACUGAUAGUUGCAGACUAUCAACACAAUAUUAAAACUAGUUCUUUAUUCUAUUUUAUGACACAUUUGUUUGAGCAAAAGUCAAUACUUUAUAACCUAAACAAACACUGUCUAUUGUGUUAUUGAAAUGGUUUCUGCCCUCAAAGUCCCCCUGUGUUCAGGGAAUUAUUCCACGAGUUUGUAAACGUUAGCAAAAAAAAAAAUGUUGAGAAGGAUAUUAACAAAUAUCAGCACCUCCAAGUCCGAGUCCAUGGUUCUCGCCCGGAAAGGGGUGGAGUGCCAUCUCCGGGUUGGGGAGGAGAUCUUGCCCCAAGUGAAGGAGUUCAAGUACCUCGGAGUCUUGCUCACAAGUGAGGGAAGAGUGGAUGGUGAGAUCGACAGGCGGAUCGGUGCGGCGUCUUCAGUAAAGCGGACGCUGUAUCAAUCCGUUGUGGUGAAGAAGGAGCUGAGCCGGAAGGCAAAGCUCUCAAUUUACCGGUCAUGAGCUUUGGGUUAUGACCGAAAGGACAAGAUCUCGGGUACAAGCGGCCUUAAUGAGUUUCCUCUACUGGGUGGCGAGGCUUUCCCUUAGGGUGAGAAGCUCAAAGUAAAGCCGCUGCUCCUCCACACUGAGAGGAGCCAGAUGAGGUAGUUCGGGUAUCUGGUCUGUAUGCCACCUGAACGCCUCCCUAGGGAGGUGUUUUGAGCACGUCCGACCGGUAGGAGGCCACGGGGAAGACUACGUCUCCCGGCUGGCCUGGGAACGCCUCAGGAUCCCCCGGCUAGGGAGAGGGAAGUCUAGGCCUCCCUGCUUAGGCUGCUGUCCCCGCGACCCAACUUCGGAUAAGCGGAAGAUGGAUGGAUAUUAACAAAUCUGAUCACUCUAUUAUCAAUCAUAUCCUCAUACUACCCCUAAUAUGUAACAUUUUGAGCCUUGUCCGCCAGUGAUGAUGAUACUAGAUAAUGAUACUUAAGCUACUAGAAAAUUGUUUAUUUGCUGUCCUAGAAGUGUUUGGUAUUGGUCAAGGGAAGUGGCUUGUCACCCAGAGAGGAUCGGCAUUUGUGAAUGGCAUUAAAAGACGCUUCCAAAUCUGCAGUCAAAAGUCAGCCGAAGUAAAGCUGUCGGCCGUUGUCAUUGCUGCGGUGCGUCUGAAAAGUGGAAAUAGCCCGCCAGAGAUGACUCGAGGGCCGAAGGGAUCGACAAUCUCCCCAUGCAAACAAAAUGAUGGCACAGGAUGAUGAAGUAGGGAGACAGGCAGCCCUUUUCUGCUGCAUUUGAUAUCCAUGCUGUGUGUAUGUCCAUACAGGCCAAACUGUUAAUCAGAGAUAAACCAGUACAGCCAAAUAAGAGAUAUACCUGACCGCUGCAAUAUCAGAGAUGCCUAACAGGCACCUGAAGACACAGGACCCCUCAACGGCAUACCUUCCCGAGCCACCGAUUUGACUUCUUAACUGCUGCUGUUUAAUAUAUAUUUUAGUAGCAAAUACAAGGCGAUUGCCACACACUGAUAAAGGAAAUCAGGACAUAAGCUACCUUUGUGAUGUCAUAUUUGGUUGGGACAAAUCUAAAGGUAGUUAGUUAAAUCCACCUUUGUUUGAGUCUUUCUUACCCCCAGAUGUGCAUAAACUACACUCACAUCAACAUUUAAGAAAUUAUAGAUAAACAAGGUAUCGUAAUCGAGAAAGAGGAUGUUAUCGGCUUGUAAACCUUAUUAUUUAAUACUUUGGCGUUGUUUAGCAAGUAUCCAACAUUGUGACAUUUAAAAGUCAGAAAAGAGGAAAAUCGUCAUAGGUCCUGUUUAGUUACGAAAGAGGCAUGCAUUUAUUACACAACUUUUAAAAUGCUAAAAAUCAUAACUGUAUGUAUGUGUGUAUUGGGACAUUUUAUAUUUCAGACACUGACAGAUUAUAUUGAUGGCAGAAAUAUUGCAAUCUAUAUGAAUACAAUGCUUGCCCUGAGCUCAACCAACAAAACAUCCCAAUUGACUACAAUCACACAGUGUAGAUAAGGCAGUAGUCGGGGUUCUGGUACCAAAACUGCAAGUGAACAUUAUUUUCCCCAUGAAAAGGGGAAUGUAUAUUUUCCUUUUGUCCAUAAGCCAAGAGUUUGAAUGUUGGAUCAACAUCGCCUGGCCCACCAUGCCAACAUUCACUUUAUGUCAAUGACUGUUUAUGAGCGUGUCAGAGAGAGCCGAAAUAUAUUCUUGUCAUCCAUGCGAACUUUUCACAACUUGGAUUACAUUUUUGUUUUUGUACUUUUAACUUUGAUGUCCGGUUUUGUCCUACUGACUACCUGAAACGUGUACGGGGUACUGAAUUGGCAGUGAAGGUGGCCAUUUAUUCCUGUGGUCUGCACACUGCCAUAGUUGCCAAGCCCAGAUGUUGCCAUAUUGUUUUCUUCUCCCUGUUUUCCACCCCUCAUCAGUGGACUUGGAAACAAGUCACAUCUGCUCCGGUGGUCAAUGCGCAACACUCGAGACAAAUCCAGUGAAAAGAGAUUGCAUUUAUUUAGAGAUGUCAGUAUUCUUAUUUUAUUUUGAUUUUUUUUUUUUUUUUUUUUUUUUUUUUUGGCACAUUACCACUACAACUUGUAACCUGUAAUAAAUUGUAUAGAUGGUCUUGAGAGUUUAUGAACAUGCUAAACAUGACAAAAUGGUAAAAGUGAAUUCAAAUUGUAUAAAAAAAAAAAAAUAUUAAACAGAAUAAGAAUUGAUUUAAAUCUACUAUUUUGUUUGUAUAAUGCACCAUUGUCUUGGCAGAGGGAUUAUUUAAAAAAAUAAAUCAGCUGUAAUAAAGUAAUUUUAGUAGAACUGGCUCUUUGUAUUUAAUAGCAUGCUGUGACGUCACUACUUCUGACCGGCGUUUUGAUUUGUCACCGAACCGGAAGCGGUCGCAGCGUGUCGGCUGACAAGCAUGUAAACAAAUGUUUACGUUUGACCAAACAGUUGGAAGGAAUGCCGGCUGGAGACGCUGUAAUUGAAUUCCAGGAUGUUGUGUGAAGUGCUUUUCUCAUCGUUAUGGUUCCUGUUUGUCAUCUUCUGGGUGGAGACCAUCAGUGUGUGGCUGUUUCUCUCCAUGUUCUAUCAAGACACAGCCUUCUAUCACUGGAGUGAUGGGGUGUUUUCGGAUGAUUCUGGACAGCUGAUAUACAUGUUGAGUAGAGUUGAUACUGGCGUGCAGUAAAAGAUGGAGGCCAGCAGAACACGGAGGACUCCUGAAAGAACUCUUGACUUUAGGGCUCUCGCGAUCGGCUCACUCCUCAUUAAGAGAAAAAAAGUGUACCAUUUUUGGUCACAUCUGCAGAAGUCGGUGCACUCUGAUCAAAGUCUGAAAGAAAGUCUGCGUGGAGCCCAGGCAUAAGUAAAUAUCUAUUUUAUUACAAUAUAAUUAUGAUCCCUAAGGAAAAAUGUGUAGCGUUUAUUUAGUGUACAUGCAUGAUCAUACACACACAGAAUGAACACAUGUAAAUAUGAUGCACAGAAAAGAGAUUUGUAUCUUUCCACCACCAAUCUCAAUUCUUUUUUAAGUUUUUUUCCCCUUUCCUCGUCUUAUUUGUGUAUUGAUGAGAAUAUGUUUUAUCAUUGUGUCCAUGCAAGUUAAUGUGUGACCUUUUGCAGGCAUGCUUGGAAAUGGUCACAUGUCACUAAGGUUAUAUUCAAGUGUGCAUUGAAGCCCAGUUUAAACAUGAUCAAAAUGUAAACAUGCAGGAAUAAUCUUACUUUUUUAAAAAGUACAUCAAUUAAAUGUGCAGUUAGGAAAAUAAAAGUGUGCUGCAUUAUG